CCUGGUCCUGAGACGAAAACCAUGGCGAUCGCCCUCCGCUUCCUCUCCGUCGCCACCUUCCUCUUCCUGCUGAUCUCCUCGGCCGCUGCGUCCUCGGAAGUUCACGAUCUCCUCGAGAAGUUCGGCCUCCCCAAGGGCCUCCUUCCCCAUUUGGCCGAUAACUACUCCCUCGCCGGCGACGGUUCCUUCGAGGUCCAGCUCGAGCACCCAUGCUAUGUCCGGUUCAGCGACCUCAUCUUCUACGAAGAGACCAUCACCGGGCAUAUCUCGUACGGCUCCCUCUCCGGGAUCAAAGGCAUCCAGGUCAGGAAGAACUUCUUCUGGUUCCCCAUCUCCAGCAUCAGGGCAGAUGAGGACGUGAAGACCAUCCGCUUCGACACGGCCACCUUUACCGAGAUACACCCGUGGGACGAGUUCAAGGACGUCCACGAUUGCGAUAAGUUGCCCGUUUAAACUGGAAGAAAUUUGGAGUUCUUAUGCUGCAGAUCUUUGAUUACGUAUGUCCAACAAUAAUCUAGCUAUAUCUUCAGAAUAAAUGCAGUGUCCAACUACUUCAGUCGGGGCUCUACAAGAUCUUUCAUUAUGUAUGGGCAAUAAUAAUCUAGCAAUAUUUACAGAAUAAAUGCA